UCAGUCGAUCAGUGCUGCGUUCGGUAGGUAAAAUCCAGUUUCGACCUCCCCUGGAUCCACUGGCCAGUAAUCAUAGCAGUACUCGCAGUAGCUUCAGUCGUGUUCGAGCUUCAGGAUCAGUCGCGUGGGAAUCUGAGGCCGCGGGAAACGUGUGGACAGUGUUGAGUGCGCGUGCGGACCGUCCAUCUCUCUCUUUUCACUUUCGGCUUCCCUUCUCUUGUGGGCAUCCGAAACGCCGAUUUCGUCAGUAAAACAAAGCGUGAACACAUUAGCAAUGGCAGAAAAGAAACGCGUCUGCAUCAUCGGCUCUGGCAACUGGGGAUCUGCGAUUGCUAAAAUUGUCGGCAAAAAUGCCAGGGAACUUCCUCAGUUCGAAGAACGGGUCACGAUGUACGUUUACGAGGAGUUGAUAGACGGUAAAAAACUUACCGAAAUCAUCAACGAGACUCACGAGAACGUCAAGUAUCUACCGGGGCACAAGAUUCCCGAGAAUGUGAUCGCGGUACCGGAUGUCCUGGACGCUGCCCGUGACGCGGAUAUCCUGAUAUUCGUCGUGCCCCACCAGUUUAUCCACAGGAUAUGCAGCUCCCUUCUUGGAAAGAUAAAAUCCACCGCUGUUGGCCUGUCGUUGAUAAAGGGAUUCGACAAACGUGAAGGUGGCGGCAUCGAGCUUAUUUCCCACAUAAUAGCUAAGGAGCUGAAAAUACCGGUUUCCGUUUUGAUGGGAGCAAAUCUUGCCUCGGAAGUCGCCGAUGAGAAAUUUUGCGAAACCACAAUUGGUUGCAAGGAUAAACUUGUUGCGCCAUUCCUCAGGGACAUUAUCCAGACCAGCUACUUCAGGGUUGUGGUCGUUGACGAUGCAGAUGCUGUAGAAUGCUGCGGUGCGCUCAAGAACAUUGUGGCCUGUGGCGCUGGUUUUGUCGAUGGUUUGGGACUUGGGGAUAACACAAAGGCGGCGGUGAUCAGACUUGGACUGAUGGAAAUGAUCACGUUCGUGAACGUAUUCUUUCCCGGUGGACAGUUGUCAACUUUCUUCGAAAGUUGCGGAGUCGCCGAUCUGAUAACUACCUGCUACGGAGGUCGAAACAGGAAAGUUUCCGAAGCUUUUGUCAGGACUGGAAAGAGCAUCGCUGAACUCGAAACGGAGAUGCUAAACGGCCAGAAAUUGCAAGGACCUUUUACCGCUGAAGAAGUCAAUUAUAUGCUCAAGCUGAAGGAUAUGGAGGGAAAGUUCCCGCUCUUCACAGCCAUUCAUCGAAUCUGCGUGGGCGAGCUAAAGCCCAGCGAUCUCAUCGACUGCAUUCGCAGUCAUCCGGAGCACAUAAACGAGGGUUACGGAUUUAAGGAACUUCUACCAAUUCCAUCGCCGAUAUCUCGUCUCUGAAGAAAACAAUAUCGCCAUACCAGCCAACAAACUCGUUGAAUUAUUUUACUGUGAUUGCAUCGGGUUACAUUGAACGUAUACUUACUGUACACAUUCGAAUUUUGAAUGUGAAUUUUUGAGUUAAUAUCAAUCAGAAUGAUGUUAUUCGUUUUGCAUGUUUUCUCAAUAAUGUUUCACUGUAAAUGGUUAGGUUUCGAAAAACAAAAUGUUUUGUCUUGUAUUUUUUUAUGCCACUAUUUGCAAAACUUACGUUAACAAUACUACGAAUUAUCGCUAAAAUUAUCUAGUUAUCCUUUUGUACUUUUAUAAAAAAUUAUUUUAUAUUCUGUUACAGUGUUAAGGUUAACUAAUAAAUCAUUAGAUUCCAACGA